AUGGAACUCAACCGAGAACAUUUUCGCGCCAUAAUUUAUUACAACCUUCAGAGACAAUUAUCGCAACAAGAAUGCCUUGCUGAGUUACUGUCUGUUUUCGGCAACGAAGCGCCACAUCAGUCAAUAAUUUCCCGUUGGUAUGGAGAAUUCAAACUUGGGCGGGUGUGUCUUAGCGACGAUCCCAGGGUGGGUGCACCAACAAUGGCAGCCACCCAGGAAAACGUCGAUGCUGUGCGCAAACUCAUCAUUGAAGAUAGACAUGUGACAUAUCGCGAGAUUGAGGCGGUUAAUUGGUGUCAAAAAACGCUUGACCGUUUCAAUUCCGGUAUCUCAAAAAAUGUGUACAGCAUUGUUAGUGGUGAAGAAAAGCCAACAAAAGUCAUCCGUUCUCGAAGUGUUUCGAAAAAGAUGGUCGCGACAUUGGUGUCAAAAGCGGGUCAUAUUGCAACAAUUUCUCUUAAUGAGCAAAGAACUGUUACUGCGGAUUGGUAUACCACCAUUUGUUUGCCAAAAGUCAUCACCGAGCUUCGAAACAUCAAUCCCAAAAGAAGAAUCAUCCUCCACCAAAACAAUGCAAGCUCGCACACAGCCCAAAAAACAAGGCAGUAUUUAACGGAAGAAAACGUGGAAUUAUUGGACCAUCCUCCAUAUAGUCCCAAUCUAAGUCCUAACGAUUUCUUUACUUUCCCGAAAAUUAAAAACAGACUGCGUGAAGAAGCUUGGAAUAAGUGCUUCGAAAAUUGGUUCGAGCGCAUUUAG